UUGGCAUGGGAGGCAUCGGAAAGACAACUCUUGCUCAGCUAGUCUUCAAUGAUGUCACAUUGGAAUUUGAUGUGAAAGCCUGGGUUUCUGUUGGAGAAGAUUUUUGUGUUUUUAGAAUGACAAAAACAAUUCUACAGUCGAUUGGGGAAGACGUAAGUACCAAAGAUCUAAAUUUGCUUCAGGUGAGAUUGAUGGAGAAUUUAUCUGGAAAGAAAUUUUUUAUUGUUCUUGAUGAUGUUUGGAAUGAGAGCUAUGAAGAUUGGACUGUCUUCUAUGGUCCUUUGGAAGCAGGGGCACUAGGAAGCAAAAUUAUUGUUACAACUCGCAAUCAAGGGGUUUCAUCAAUGAUGGGUACUGUUCCCACUUACACAUUAAAGGAGCUUUCAUAUAAUGAUUGCAGGUCUGUGUUUACUGAACAUGCUCUGGGAACCAAAGAGUUUGAUGCACAAUUAAAUUUGGAAGAAAUAGGUGAGCAAAUUGUUAAAAGGUGCCAAGGGUUGCCUAUGGCAGCUAAAGCCCUUGGGGGACUCUUGCGAGGUAAACCAUAUCGUGAUGUGUGGGCAAAUGUGUUGAAUAGCAAGUUAUGGGACUUACCCAAGCAGAACAGUAUUCUUCCUGCUUUGAGAUUGAGUUAUCUUCAUCUUUCUUCUCAUUUAAAGCGAUGCUUUACUUACUGUGCAAUUUUUCCAAAAAACUUUGAAUUUGAUAAGAAUGAAAUGGUUUUACUGUGGAUGGCAGAGGGAUUUUUACAGCAACCAAAGGAAAGGAAGCCGACAAAAGACUUGGGUCAUGAAUAUUUUGAUGAUUUAUUGUCAAGAUCAUUUUUUCAACGAAGUGGUGGAAGCAAACCACGAUAUGUAAUGCAUCACCUAGUGAGUGAUCUUGCUCAAUCAAUUACUGGAGAAAUAUGUUAUAAUUUGGAUGAUGCAUUGGAGGGUGCUAAAUCAUAUGCAAAGGUUCGUCAUUCAUCUUUCACUUGUCACUAUUAUGACAACAAACCAAGAUUUGAAGUCAUUGGCAAAAUGAGAAGUUUGCGGACAUUUUUAGCAGUGCCCAUUUUUUCAUCACCGUAUCAUUUGCAUUACUUAUCUGGCAGUGUGCUAUAUGACAUAGUGCCAGAAUUGAAACUCUUAAGGGUACUUUCACUUACUGGUUAUAAUUUAGUAGAGCUACCAAAUUCUAUUGGCACCUUGAAGCUCUUACGGUACCUCAACUUGUCUUAUACUAAUAUUAGAAAGUUACCAGAAUCAUUGAGUGAACUCUUCAACUUGCAGACAUUAAGAUUACGAAGGUGUAUGAGACUUGUUAGGUUGCCAGAAGGCAUCGGCAACUUGAUCAACUUGCAGUACCUUGAUAUCACUGAUACAAUUGACUUGCAAGAGAUGCCACCUCACAUGGGUAAUUUGACAAAUCUCUGCAUGUUAUCAAAGUUUAUUGUGGGAACAGGCAUUGGAUAUGGGAUUAUAGAGUUGAUGAAACUUUCUCAUCUACAAGGACAACUUCAUAUCUCUGGAUUGCAGAAUGUAGCAAGUAUUAUAGAAGCAGAUCUUGCUCAUUUAAAGGAGAAGAAGGGGCUUGAUGAAUUGAAGCUGGAAUGGUUUGAUGAUUUCGAAGGUUUGCGAAACGAGAGGGAUGAAUUGCAGGUCCUCAACUCACUGCAACCUCAUCAAGAUCUAGCAAGCCUUUCAAUUAGAUCAUAUGGUGGUACUAAAUUUCCUUUAUGGUUGGGGGAUCCCAUAUACAGUAAUAUGGUGCACCUGCAGCUUCAUAAUUGUCAAAAAAUUACAUUACUUCCACCACUUGGACAACUACCUUUACUUAGAGAUUUAAGCUUGGUAGGCAUGGCUGGGAUAAAAGAAGUGGGUAUUGAGUUUUGUGGGGAUGGUUCACCCUUUUCUACGACUUUUGCGUCUUUGGAAACUCUGAACAUUGAGAACAUGUCAUGCUGGGAGCAAUGGUCCUGGUUUAAUGUUCCCAAUGAAGAGGAUGCAUUGAAUUUUCCUAAUCUGCGGGAGCUUACAGUGAGAAAUUGUCCUAACUUGGUUGGAAAAUUGCCCACCUUCCUUCCUUCCCUGGGAAAACUAAAGAUUCAACAUUGCCCACAAUUAGCAAAAUUACCUGAAAUGCUACCCUCUCUCUCUGAAUUGAACAUUGAAAACUGCCAAGAGAUGAUUCUCAGAAGUUUGCCUGAUCUUACCUGCCUCAUGACCUUAAAAAUUAAAAGAAUUUCAGGCCUCAUAAGUUUACUUCCCUUCAUACAUGCCUUCGAGGCACUUGAAGAUUUGAAGAUUGCAGAUUGCAGUGAACUGAUGUACUUGUGGCAAGCUGGAACUCAUACAGAGAAACUAGCUUGUCUAAAGAACUUAGAGAUCUUUUACUGUGAGAAGCUUGUUUCAUUAUUAGAGGAAGAGGGAGGAAAUUUGCCUCAUAAUCUUGAAGGGCUGAGCAUUAAAGUCUGUCAUAAUUUGAAGAAUCUACCCACUGGGCUACACAGCCUCGCAGCCCUUAAGGAUCUGAGAAUCUAUGGUUGUUCAAAUCUAGUUUCCCUUCCAGCAACAAGUUUGCCUCAUAAUCUUGAAGUUCUGAGAAUAAAAUAUUGUGACAACCUAGAUAAUCUGCCAAAUGGGUUGCAGAGCCUCACAUCUCUUAAAGAUCUGCAUAUCAGCAGUUGUCCCAAACUCGUGUCCUUCCCAGCAACAGGUUUGCCAUAUAGCCUUAAAAAUCUUGAGAUUAGAAAUUGUGAAUGUCUGAAAUCCUUGCCUAAUGGAGUCAUGGAAGACAAUAAUUACAGCAAUGAGACAUCUCAGCUUGAGAGGUUUGAUAUUGAAGGAUGCUUGUCUCUCUCAUCCUUCUCAACUGGCAAGUUUUCUGAUUCUCUCAAGUCUCUUUCUAUACGCAAUUGCCCGACACAAUUGUUAAGGUCUUUAGGCAAUGGGCUUUCGCAUCUCACUGAGCUGUUAAUAAUAGAUUGUCCUGAGUUAGAGUCAUUUCCACUAAUGGGAUUGUCUAUCCCAACUCUUAUCAAUUUCAGAAUCUAUAGCUGUGAGAAUUUUAGGUGCCUGCCAAAUCAGAUGCAGAACCUUGUGUCUCUUCAGUCCUUAGAGAUAUACGAUUGCCAUGGUCUGGUGUCAUUUCCAGAAGAGGGUUUGUCUCCAAAUCUAACUAGACUCAUGAUCUGGGAUUGCCAGAAGUUGACACAGCCAAUAUCACAAUGGGGACUCCAUAGACUCACCUUUCUUAAAGAAUUGACAGUUCGCAAUACAUGUCCUAGCACAGAUUUGGAAGUUUCCUUUCCUGAUGAAGAUGGGUUACUACUGCCCAUUUCACUAACAGACCUUUGCAUCUGUGGAUUCAAGAAUCUAAAAUCUAUAUCUAGAGGCCUCCAAAGCCUCAUUUCUCUUCAAACUUUAUGUAUUGAUAGCUGUCCUAAACUCCAGUCUUUGCCCAUGGAGGGCCUCCCUGCCAGGCUUGGAUCACUAGACAUCAGAUCAUGCCCUCUUCUCAAGGAUCAAUGCUUAAAAGGAAAAGGAGACUAUUGGCCCAUCAUUUCCCAUAUUCCUCGCCUUGAUAUCAGAUAAAGAUGUUGGAUGGGAUUGUCAUUUUGAUGCAUGUGGGAUUGAGAAGGGAGCAUUUCAUUUGCUGGUUUUUGCCAAAAAUAUCUUGGACUGGAAAAAUGUUGAUCCUGACGGAGGAGGAGCUCAACUGGAUUUCUGGACUUCUGACUUGAGAUUGUCAUGUUGCACUUAAGCAAGUUUUUCUGCUCACCUUACUGAAAAGUUAUGCGCCUUCAUGUGUGUAACAAAAGCUUGAUUAGCAGGGAGCAUUUCAUUAGUUGGUUUUUGCCAAAAAUAUCUUGGACUGGAAAAAUGUUGAUGUUGAAGGAGGAACUUUUAAGUCGAUUUUUGAAUUUCUGAUUCGAGAUUGUCAUGCUGCACUUAAGCAAGUUUUUCUGCUCAUCUUAUUGCAAAUUUACAAGUCUUCAUGCUGUCCCAAUGAUCGAUUAAAUCGUGCAUGCUUUUUUCUCGAACGCCAUGCAGCAGGAUGAAGUAGCUGAAAAAUAAGGUGUGAAGAAGGCAAGCCAGGCUGAUUGCCUUUUGGUGGAUUUAAGAUGAUGGAAUGCGUGCAAGAAACUGCUACAAUCAAGUUCCUCUCUCUCUCUGGUGUGUGUAAAUUUGAAGGGUCAAUUGUACAUGUAAAAAGAAAGUGAUGACAACUGUGAACAUUGACAGAGCAUUCAGUGAGUCACAAAGCUUCACUUCAGUCCCACGGCAGUGGCCGAGACCGUGUACUCUAGAGGGCUCGAGAUAAAGAAAGCUACAUGGCCAAGCUGUGGUUCUGGAUUGAAUCUUGUUCUUUAUUCGAGGAUUUGAUUAUAUGUUGAUUCUUUACCAUGCUACGUGGUUUAUCAAACAUAGUUAAGGGCAAAAUCUUACAUCUCGUCUUAUUAUGUAUGGUUGCAUCUUCACAUCAUUGAUCACUUUGAUGCCUCCAAAUGAUCGCAACAUACCCCAAGUGAUUUACGCUUGGCCAAUAAAUCAUUUUUACUGACUUGAAUGUUUUA